GGGGCCCCGGGGGGGGUCCCGGGGGCGGCGCCGCCCCCCGCGCUGCGGCCCCGCCUGGUGUUCCACACGCAGCUGGCCCACGGCAGCGCCACCGGCCGCGUGGAGGGGUUCGGGAAUGUCCGGGAGCUGUACGGGAAAAUCGGGGAGGCCUUCGGGAUCCCCCCCAGCGAGGUGCUGUUCUGCACGCUGAACACGCCCCAGGUGGACAUGGAGAAGCUGCUGGGGGGGCAGAUCGGCCUCGAGGAUUUCAUCUUCGCGCACACGCGCGGCCGCCAGAAGGACGUGCAGGUGCUGAAAUCCGAGGAGGCGCUGGGGCUCACCAUCACCGACAACGGCGCGGGCUACGCCUUCAUCAAGCGGAUCCGCGAGGACUCGGUGAUGGCGCGCACGCCCCAG